AUGACUUUCGAAACCGAAUACAAGACGGAAGAUGUUGCUGCAACUUUGGUGCCAUCGGAUGAGAUCGAUACUACUUUCCGUUCCUCAUGUAUUGAUCUGAUAUCUGGAAGUCUUGGUGGAAAAGUACUUUCAUUCUCAGAUGAAUGGUUUGCGGAAGCAAAUAAUCUUCUCACUCCUACCCCGCCCAUCAGACAACCAGGAAAGAUGGUAUAUACUGGUGCCUGGUAUGAUGGAUGGGAAACACGUCGACAUAACACUGAACCCUUUGAUUAUGUUGUAAUUCGUCUCGGGGUUGCUUCCGGAACAGUUGAGGGAAUUGAAGUUGACACAGCUUUCUUCUCUGGAAAUAAUGCACCUGCUAUUUCCGUCGAGGGUGUGUUUAGUGACAAUGACGAAGAAGUCAUUGGAUGGAAAGGCGGUCGAGGAAAAUGGGAAACAAUUCUUGGUCUGCAAGAGUGUGGUCCUUCUCAAAGAUUCGGAUGGAAACUUGCCGUUCCAACCACAAAAGCGUACACGCACGUGAGGCUCAACAUGUACCCAGAUGGUGGAAUUGCUCGAUUUAGACUCUUUGGUCAUGCCAUACCUGUUUUCCCAGAAGAUAAGAAUGCCAUCUUUGAUUUGGCUGCCGCUCAAAAUGGAGGAGUUGCUGUUUCUUGUAGCGAUCAGCACUUUGGAGUUAUCGCCAACCUUAUAUUACCCGGACGUGGAAAGGAUAUGGGAGAUGGUUGGGAAACCAAGAGAUCCAGAGGAAAAGAUCAUGUGGAUUGGGCUAUCAUCCGAUUAGGAGCACCAGGAUCCAUCGAGAACUUGAUUGUUGAUACAGCAUUCUUCAGGGGCAACUUUCCUCAAAAAGUAAAGGUUGAGGCUGUAAACUGGAAUGGCGAAGGAGAGCCAGAUUGUUCAGCUGAAGGAUGGACUGCAGUUGUUGAGCCCAGUAAGACCAGUGCUGAUAAGGAGCAUGAAUUUGAAUCCUUGGUGAAGGAUAAAACCUUUACACAUGUCAAGCUAGUCAUGAUUCCUGAUGGAGGAGUUGCAUGCAGUCUUUCUGCUGUUGUGAUGGACAUCGAGGACCAUAAUGGUGAUAUAGGUGGAUUUGGGGAGGAGAGGGCAAAACCAAGACCACUGCCUGAUGAUUUGCCCAAGUCACUUGAUGAUCGAAAAAAUGUAUCGGCAGAGUAUGCACCUGAGACCGAGAUGUAUGAUGCAUGGCAAGGACAAUCGCAAUUCUUAACAAAUCCUGUUCUUGCUAAACCACUUGAGUUCAAGAAUCUCUCACUUGGAACUGACGAAUUCGAAGAUGAUAUUACAAAACAAAAGAUAGGGGAGAGUGACAACAGACUCAUGGAAAUGUUGGCCGCUCAAGCAGCACAUCGGGAUGGCUCAGCUAGUGAGGAUGAAGAUGCUGUCGCUACCGAUGAGAAGCUUUCACUCGAAGAGAAGAAGGAUAUAUUACAAAAGGCUUUGAAUAUGGCAGCUAGUAAUGGAGAUGUUGAUCGCAUAGAGAGGAUUCUUCAAGGUAAAGCAAAAGACCUUGUUGAUUUGGAUGCGCCGGAUGAAGAAGGUACAGCGCCAUUAAUAUACGCAAGUUGUUUUGGUCAUGAAGCCGUUGUAACAGCACUGUUAGAUGCUGGCGCCGAUGUCGACAAACAAGAUCGAAAUCAAUGGAGUGCUUUGAUGUGGGCAAUGACAAAUCGGCAUAAGGGUAUAGCGAAAGCACUUCUAGAUAGUGGCGCAUCUAGGGAUGUCAAAUCAUCGACGGGUAGAACAGCAUUCGACUUUAUCGCUCCAGAUAGUGAAAUUGCCGAUUACCUACAAGAUGGCGGUUAUCAUAUUGGCAAUGCUGGAGUAACGGACGACUUUUACAAUCCUGGAUUCUCCCAAGAUCGAUUCGAGGAGGAAAUGGCGGAGAAUGAGAUGAGGCGGCGAAUGAUGAUGGAGAGUGCUAGAGAUUUAGAGGUUGACUUGGGUAAUAUGGGUAUUGAUGAUCAACCUGAGUCACCAGAGGAGUUAGAAGAAGAAGGGCAAGAUUUCGAUUGGAGUCGAUGUUUACAUGAUCAAAUGUUCGUGUUCCAAGAAAGUGAACUUGGUCGAAUCUUGGAUAUUAUCAUCACCAACAUGUCUCCUCAACGAUCACCGUCUCAAAAACCUGUGCCGGCCAACAUGAUUUUCCUCAGCGCCAGGUAUGCUCAUUAUCAUGCAAGUCAUGAUCUUCUGGCCAAACUCCUCAUUAGCGCAAUGGAUAAGAUCAAUGAUGUGGUUGAAACACAUCAAUGGGACAUGACGAUAUUGGCUUUCUGGAUUUCGAAUGCUACAUUGUUAUUACAUUAUCUGAAGAAAGAUGCUGGGUUAUCCGAGUCAACAUCCGAAUUUCAACUUCAGCUUGCGGAAUUGAUCAAUGAGAUAUUUAUCUUGAUUAUUCGAGAUGCUGAAAGGAGAAUGGAUAAAGUCCUUGAUUCUGCCAUGUUAGAACAUGAAACCAUUCCAGGAUUCGAAGACGUCACAUUUCAGAAUGAAUGGAAGCUCUUCAAGAGAAAAGCGACUGUCAAAGAAGUGCCGAUUGAAAAAAGAUUCCGGCCACCUUCUCCAAAGGCAAGGGCUAAACCGUCACCUCGCAAUGUCACAUCUUUAUUAUCCUCGACUCUUUUUGUAUUGGAUCUCUAUGACAUACAUUCUGUCAUUACUUCUCAAAUAUUGGCGCAACUAUUGUACUGGCUUGGAGCCGAACUUUUCAAUCGUAUCAUGUCUAAUCGAAAAUACCUAGCACGAACCAAGGCAAUGCAAAUACGCAUGAAUGUAUCUAGUCUGGAAGAAUGGGCGCGAACGAACAAUCGACAACCUGAGCAUUAUGAACAUGGUUCUAUGACUUCUAGUGGAGAAAUGACUGUUGAAGCAACGCGGCGACAUCUCGCACCUUUGGUUCAAUUACUACAAUGGUUACAAUGUUUCUCCUCUUUGGGGCAAGAUGAUUUGGAAGCGUUAGUUGGAACAUUACAACAACUCACGCGACUUACACCUCAACAACUAAUACAUUCGGUAAAACAUUAUCGAGCCGAAGUUGGAGAAAAGGGUUUACCAAAGAGUGCCAUGAACUAUUUAGUCAAUCUACAAGAAGAGCAUAGAUUAAGAAAAGAGCGUCAAAAACGCACUUCUCAAGGUCUACGCAUGAGUGCGCCAUCCACACCAGCUAGAAAGGGAAGUAGCAAACCCUUACCUGAUACCCCUGAUUCGAACGGUCGUGGUGGAAAACCUCAAUCUCUAGAUGAUGAAUCGUUUGAGGAAGAUGACGAUGCACCUGAAAAUCUACUUUUAGAUCCAGCUCUUAUGCUUCCAUUCUCAUUACCCUCGAGUACGGAUAUGUUGAUUAGUUAUGGAGCGGGAUUUGGGGGGGUGAAUAGAGAGAGAGAAAGGAAAUACAUACCGACUGUCCCUCCGGAAUUUUUGGCAAAGUUGGAUUUGAGUGGGGGAAGAGCACAUUCAACGUAUCAUGAGAGAGAUUGGGAGAAUGAGGAGCUUUGA